AUGACUGAACCACCUUCGUCGGAAGCUAUCAAUUACACCCAUGCCCUCUCUCCGAGUGAGGGUAUUAUAGACCGACAACCUCCUCCACAUUUUCUCAUUCGUGGUGCGAGUACAAAAGAUCUCAACAACAAGGAUAUUAUAAAAGAUGGUGCUACGCCAUCACUGCUAAUGACAGCACGAGCAAAAAAAACAGAUGCUGUCGUUACUCCCAAUGCUGAUCAGGAAUUGGAUGAGCUCGAAGAUGUGAUGCACAAUACUGUGUCUGGAGCUGCUCCAGGAGCUGAUACAUCAAAACAUGCAUAUUGUGCUCCUAGGAGAGCUAUUGUCACAUGCCAAAAUUUGGAAGUUAUUUCUGAAAAAUUGAAAGAAAGAAAAUUGCGAAUUUGCGUAUACAUUAAGGAGCGAGUUUACAAACGACGAAAAACACUCAGAUCAUCAAUUAUUGACGUUCCAAAUCUCAGGCAUACGUCCUCAAACCCAGGAGAGAGUGUUCAAGUACCUCUCAACAACAUUUCAUUCAAACUCAAAUAUUCACAUCACUUUAAGAAAAAAAUUGACGUUUUACGAAUUUCUCUACAAUACUCUAAAAAGAAAGGAGACUCAUUUAAAACCAUGUCAAUUGUAUCAAUUAAUUUAUUACAUGUACUGCAGCGGCCAUUUGAUGAAAACAUAUCAUUUCUUGUGAAAAAAAAGAAGAAGAAGAGUAAGGAAGAAACUGAAUCUACAAAUACGGCACAAACCAACCACAUGCUAAAUUCAGGAUCUCCUAUUGUAUCAUAUAAUGUCAAUAGUGCCAUACUGCACUAUUUGUCUAGCGAUGACGAAGAUGAUGAGAAGGAACGAUAUCAACACCAUCAACAAGUGCCUACCUCCUCAACAGCAGAUUGUGUUGCAAAACUUAAAGUUUCCAUACAGACAGUUCCCAUUUCUUUAACAGAAUUGAGAAAGAAAAAGAGAAAGUUCACAUUUCUAGGUAAAAAAGAAGAUUCUCAUGCCAUGAACGCAAUACAUCCUGGUGAUCCUUACGAGGGCGAUUUCACUGAUGAAGACGAGGAGACAGAUGAAGAUAGUGACAUUGAUUUUGAAGAAAAUAACCUGAAUGAGACCAAUAUUGCCUCUCCAGUAGCUUUGGCAACAUCAAUGGCCAUUACAACAUUAGCAUCCGCUACUGGAGAAAAGAAUGUAAAAGAAGAUAAGACUCUUAAGGCCGUUAUUGGAAUUAAGGACAAUAUUAUGAAACGUUUUAAGAGCUUUAAAAAGAAAGGGCAAGGUGGUCAACACUUUUCAGACUUUGAGCACGAUUUACCAUCUCCAAAAGGAAGUGUUUCCAAUAGCAUUGAAAAUAACCCCUUUCAAACAACAACAACAAGUGUGAAAAUUGAAAAGAUACCAAUACAGGAUCAAGUCAAAGAUUUGCUCCACAACAAGACACUUGUGAAAAAAAUUAUUUUAAUUAAUGGUUCAUUCAGGAGAGGACAAAGGAUUUGGAGUUUUCUAAAGAGAUCUGGAGGACUCUAUGCUAAGGAUGUUCUUUGUACAUUUUCAUGUGAAGAUGUUCAUAUGGCUCUCACAACUAUCAUUCAAAACAAUACCGAAAAGAAAUAUGUGAGUGAGCAAGAACUGAAUGAGACUAAAAUCGUAAUCAUUGGUAACGAUGCCUAUGUGAACGACGUGUUGAGAGCAUGUCUAGCUCAGACCACAGAAGAAAAACAAUGGGACCAAUUUCUAUUUUAUAUUGUGCCAAUUCCUUCAAAGAAAGGAGAGGAGGCCAUUCACAGAUCAAGAAAUGAAAUUUCUGCAUAUCUGAACGCACGAUGUCCAAUCUAUGCCCAAUUAUUCUCUGCCGACGAAUGGAAAAGAUCUUUAUCAUAUCCAUUGGAGGUCGAAGAUUGUGUGGAGCAAAUAAUUUUUGAAUAUUUAGAAAAUGCCAGAAAGCAAGUGAGCAUUGAAAUUUCACAAAUUAUUCUUGUGAGUGAUUUGGCACAACAAAAUGUUUAUCCUCUCCCUCAUACCAGCGCAAGAUAUCAACAAGAAAAUCAAACGGAAACAGGUUCUCCAAAUGGAACGUCCAUUGCAACGGCCUCACAAAAUUUUGAAUCUGUUUCGCAGCAAUGCAUUGUACCAUUAAUCAACAAUGUUCACAUUGUGAAUGGAGAUUAUCACGAGCAGAAGAAACCCAAUAUACUCCUCAAACUUGUGCAAAACCUUGACAAAGAUACCAAAGAAAAGACCGCUCACAAAGUAAGCACUACUGAAAAAUCAUUGGCUCCAAGCACGGUUUCUCUUGCAACAAGCCCGCAAAUGUCUUCAAUGGGAAAUGUCUUUCAGAAACGACCAAGCUCAGAGAAUCCCGUCGUUGAAGAUGAAGACAGCUCUGACGAAGGGGAAGAGAGCAAGCAAGAAAAGACUUCGCUCUUGGAAAUGAAAAUUGAUUAUUGGGACGCCUCAAACGAGGAAAAGAGCAAGAGUUCCACAAAGAAUUCAUUUUCUCACGUUGAAAUUUACAAAUUACCCAGUACGGACCUACCAGAUGAUUUUCAACCAAAAACAGGCACAUUUACCUUAGUGACAACACGACCUAAAAAGAAGAAGAAACCUGUCACAGAUGAAGUAGAACGAAAGUCUAAUUUAACAAAAAUUAUUUGCAAAGUGGAAAAGAAGAAAUCAACAGCCAAGGUGGUGAUUGAUGGAGUUGAAUGGGCCAAUGUCAAAGUCGUCUCAGUGGCUCCUUCAUGGGUCAAUAAUUUUAACUUUAAGGUUGCUUGCUUUAAAUAA